AUGUCCCAGGAAUUGGGUCCCAAACGCACUUUCUUCAAUUGUCGAGAUGCACGGAUUGAGUUCGUCGAAAGAACAACAUCUCCAACUUCAAAAGCAGCGCUCAACAAUUUGCUCCCGACUUUCGGCUCCCUGUCCCGGGCGAAAGGUCCAGGAACAACUUUCCGAAAAGCAUCUCCAUCGAUUGGAGCACAAGUUUCGACUUCCGGUUUUUGUUCGGUGUUGUUUUUCCAGCUCAGAAAAUUGCAGCAAGCCAUCGAACGCAAUACCGAUUCCAACAGGCUGAAUUUGCCGCUUCCGGCCAACUUGCCGACCGAAUGGAAACGAUCGAAUAGCCACAUGAAACUGAGCGAUAGUUCGAGUUCGAGUUCGAGUUCAAAUUCGAGUUCGAAUUCGAGUUCGAGUUCGAGUUCGAGUUCGAGUUCGAGUUCGAGUUCGAGUUCGAGUUCGAGUUCGAGUUCGAGUUCGAGUUCAAUUUCGAGUUCGAGUUCGAGUUCGAGUUCAAGUUCGAGUUUGAGUUCGAGUUCGAGUUCGAGUUCGAAUUCGCGUUCGAGUUCGAGUUCGAGUUCGAGUUCGAGUUCGAGUUCGAGUUCGAGUUCGAGUUCGAGUUCGAGUUCGAGUUCGAGUUCGAGUUCGAGUUCGAGUUCGAGUUCGAGUUCGAGUUCGAGUUCGAGUUCAAGUUCGAGUUCGAGUUCGAGUUCGAGUUCGAGUUCGAGUUCGAGUUCGAGUUCGAGUUCGAGUUCGAGUUCGAGUUCGAGUUCGAGUUCGAGUUCGAGUUCGAGUUCGAGUUCGAGUUCGAGUUCGAGUUCGAGUUCGAGUUCGAGUUCGAGUUCGAGUUCGAGUUCGAGUUCGAGUUCGAGUUCGAGUUCGAGUUCGAGUUCGAGUUCGAGUUCGAGUUCGAGUUCGAGUUCGAGUUCGAGUUCGAGUUCGAGUUCAAGUUCGAGUUCAAGUUCGAGUUCGAGUUCGAGUUCAAAUAGUUCGAGUUCGAGUUCGAGUUCGAGUUCGAGUUCGAGUUCGAGUUCGGGUUCGAGUUCGAGUUCGGGUUUGAGUUCGAGUUCGAUUCAGUCGAGUUGGAGUUCAAGUUCAAAUUCGAGCUCGAGUUCGAGUUCGAGUUCAAGUUCGAGUUCGAGUUCAAGUUCAAUUAACUUCAACCAAGUUUACAGAACAUGCUUCAAAGAUUCCGCUAGCAAAAUUGUACUCUCCGACACGAAUCCAUUGAAACUCACAUCAUUCAUCACAUGGUAUCAGAUCAUCAUCAUGAAACAGCAUCACGUUUUUAACCGUGUCGGCUAG